UCAAAGCAAUAAAUGCUGGCGAUUUGUUUUCGCCCAAACACGUGCUUAAUCAACAGCCUGUGUUUUCAAGAUGGAGAACUCAAUCCGAAGGAUAACUCGCAGGUCUGCACCGUCUCCCUUAGCACGACAGAGUGGUCUCCCGUUCCGACAGUUCAAUUGGAAUAUCCCUUCAUUACGUCAGUGAACGUGAGGAGGUCAGAGGACAACACCCAGUUAAGAUGUGAGGUCAACGCUGAUGCCUCAAAGCCCACAGCCAGCUUCCGGAUGGCCUGGGGUGUCGAUGGCGACUGGCUUCGAGAGCUGGUCAUCAACAGUGGACAUCUGGAGGCUGCUAUUAGUGUGUCGGACGUUAGUCACGCUCAUCAGGUGGCUUGUCGUGUGCGCUCAAUUUUCACUGACCGUGGUGUUGUCAGUCCCUAUAUGGUCAGCAAUAUUAUCUCAAUGGCAGGUCCCUGAUAGCAGGAGAAAAACUGUCACAGUAUGACGUGUCAGGAAGGUUUGAUGAAAG